AUGAGUUCGGGCGAGAAUCCGAAACGUCAGGCGGAUACAGCUCUUGUUCCAGCGAUCGCUUUCACUUCUUAUAUGAUGCUUACUGUCAUGUUGUAAGUAGGAAUCAAAAUUGAAUAACAUUUGAAGGCCUGCCUCACGGGGAGACAGGCAUUCGGGAGAGAGUUCUGCGGAUUAGGGCGAAAAGUACUCGAGCGCCAGAAAAACUACACUAUUCUUAUAACAUUUUUGACUUUCGCGUUAUUGAAAUGGCAGGUGGCGACAAGGAGACAACAUUUUUGAGUACAACAUCCCAAAUAUUGCCUAACAUCCGAAGUUUCUUCAAGGUCAAGGAACAUCAACAGUGGCCUAAUGAUAGCGUCGCGCGCCGGCCAGUGGGAACAACGGACAGCCAUGUCAUGCAUGUCAAAGGAUACAUAGACUCGAUGGAACAGUCUGGCAUUACCUAGCACCUUCACUGUCUUGGUGGCCCCGGCAGAGAGAGAAGCCAUAAACAGAAAAAGAGGGCGACGUUAGGCGUCGGGAGAACCCACUGUCUCCCUCUCAGUUGUCAUGGGGCUAGAGCAAAAUCACACCUUCGACUUUGCUGUCAAGAGGGUAAUUAGACAAGUUCGGGGUAAGCGUGAGAGGAGUUCGAGGUGUUAGUUUCAGUCAGAAACGAAGUAAUCGAUCGCCUCAGCUCAUACCGCGUAUCAGACUCUACACUGUCAGACCGAGGAGCAUAGACCAUCCUCUUGAAAGGUGACUGUCACUGAGGUCACUGCGAUCGCUCAUGUAGGCACGAAACGGUCACCACUUGCAGUUACCAUACAUGUGAAGGUGAACUGAAAGGCUGAAGCAAAUAACUUUCCUUUUGUCGAUGCUCUUCUUUUAUCCCUCAUGGUUAACAAACAACGUCUUUUAGAAACCGAAGACAACAAUCUCCCGAUUCAUUGAUAUUUUGGCAGAUUUUGAAUAAUUCAUAUUGACCCAACUGUGAAAAACUCGGCGCCUCGGUGGGAUUCGAACCCACGCAGUAAGGGGAAGGCUUUAGUACAGCCAACGCUCUAACCACCUGCCGAAAUAUCAAUGAAUUACUUGAGCCUAGUAGUCAUCUGGUGGAUUCUAGGUGAAUUACUUAGGAAAUCCUGCUUGGGCAGUCAACUUACUGUAUCAGAUUUGGUGGAUUCCAGACGUUGCAGUAGGUUGGGCGGGUAACUUGACCCAAGUGUGAUAAAACUCGCGUCGUCCGGCGGGGCCUCGUAGCUCAGGUGGUUAGAGCGUUGGCUGUACUAAAGCCUUCCCCUUACUGCGUGGGUUCGAAUCCCACCGAGGCGCCGAGUUUUUCACAGUUGGGUCACUAUGAAUCUUCUGAUUACAAACUCCAGAAAGCAAGGAUAAAUACGAUUUAAAAGUUGCCGCAACGUUAACGCCUAUCUAAUUGUAGAUGUUUUGGUUAUUACAGGCCAAGUAAUGGAGUGCCGAAUUGUUUUUUUUAUUUUAAAAACAGGUCAUUUCAGUCAAGGCUUUUCAGAAGUUACCAAAAAUAUAUGUUCAAAUUAGUUGCGAUUGGCGAAGAAUCUUUUUCGGCAAAGUGCCUUUUAAGGAGAGCUUAAAAUAAGUGUUGCCGCUGAAGCUGAAAAAUAAGGGUGCGGAGCUCGAAGACAGACGUGCGGCGUGGCCAGAGACAAUGGCAAAGUUGACCUAAAACCUAGUUUGCGUUAACUAUCCACCCGACGAACUCAAGGAGGGCUUUCAUUAUAACUAAUGUUGGCUGCAUUAAGGGUACUUUACAUCUUUAUAUUCGGGUGGACUUCGUUUUGAGUAAGUCCUUUUGAUAUUGGAAGGCAGCGGCGAAAUAUCUCCAGUGCUUAGACGCAAGGUCUCGCUUGAUUAGAAAUUGGGCACUUUAUCGGUUCUUACCAGUCACAGGAAGGCAAUUAAUUAUUGAUUUCUAAACUGCACAACCCCAAGAGUACAUUCCACAGUUGGUGCUGUUUUUAUACAGGCUGAGCCUGGGACGACUGGGCUAUAAGGUAAACAUUUAUUUUCAUGAAAGUUUGGAGGCUUUUCUACAAGCUCAAACUUGCAUCAACAAUAGAUGCUCAUUUCAAAUAUCUGACGGAACCUUAUACACGACUACAUCGCUCAGUACUAAAAAUCCCUGAGGCCUCGGGGUAUGGGAACUCCUCAGGACACUUGAUCUGCUUUCCAUACACUUGAGGGCCACUGUCUUUGCGAAUAUCUCAGUGGGUCAGAAAGCCGGAUACGUUCAGUCAAGUACAUGCUUGAGCCGGGAACCCUUAGGCUAGUUACUGCCUUUGUUAUGGAUAAACCGGUCUAUGCUUGGACUUAAAGAUAAAUAUGCGCGGGUAUAUACGCGAACGGAAUGAGAAGAGUUAAAGUAGCUAUGAGAAUGCAGCUUGUUGUUAAACUGCUAUUGGAAGUCGUGUUUGAGUUUUACAGAAGUAUUUUUUGCGCACCAAAACAAAACACUUUCUGUGGCACCACACCUCAAUGCACUUUAAAAGUAUCUGUGUUUGUGUAGAGCCCUAGGGAAGCGCUGAACGUUCAGUAAAAAUACGGAAGCAUGAUGAAGCGCACCACUAGAGAGCGUAAAGAAAUCAAACCUUUCCCCGCCAGCUUUGGAAGGCAAAAAUCUCAGAAUUAACGUCCUGAGGCAUUGUGGCUUUAGAGAUACUAUGCAUUAGACGCAGGAUUCCUGUUAACUGAAGGUUUUCACCCAAUAAUACACGUGUUUAAGCUCCAUAAUCCAAAUUACUACUCAACAUGGCUAAAUGGAAAACCUUUCGUAACUGGCAAUGUUUUACUUCCAUUUAGGUUUCCGGCUUUUAAGCUUCGGAAAGUUUUCUUUGAACCAGCUGCAGUGCAACGUUUCUGUGUAGGAAUAAGAAAUCUUGAAAACAAUGAGUGAGCGACUACAACCCCUUUACCGCGCUCUGUUCCACAUGUAACGUUGUAGGGCUACUGUGAGCACAGCCAUUCUAGAAAGCAGAACGCCGAGUUCCUCGUCAUACCGAGGUCUUGCUUUUGUUGGGAGCUGAUGAAAAAUGUUCCAAAUAUUCAGAUAUUAUGAGCUUUAUUGCAUUGUAAUAUCCUAUUUUGGACAAUAUUUGUAGUUCCAAACCAAUGACUUGGUGACACUGGGGAGCAUAACAUAACCCAGGAAACCCAGGCACUUACAAAGCAAUCCUCAGUACGUAACUCCAGGAUUCUUUUAGGCUGACCGAGAAUAGAGAAGACUCGGGAAGCUGGACAUUGGCACUUCCAUACAGUUUCCGGUCAGCGUAGUAGGAAAAUGGGGUAAGAUGUGGUUAUGUAGCCCCACCUGAUGGACACAAUACCGUUGGGGUUGGGGUUAUGGGUUUGGUUUAUGGGUUAGGAUUAGGGGUUGUAACUGGGGAUUAGAGUUAGGGGUUAGGGCAAAUAAAUCCCAACCGUUUAAAGUACAACCGCGCAUUUCCAAUAGCUUUUCUUUUGUAUACAAUUACCUGACCUCGUUGCCUGUGCGUUCCCCGGUCCCACCUGCAAAAAUCCCUAUUACCAUCGGUAUCCUACUACAGAUGUCUGGGGUUUGUUUACUUCAGGUGGGGCUACACAACCUUAUCAGACCCGAAAAGAUACAAAUCGUCAGCGCGCUUAGAACAGUCGGCUACUUCCACUGUACAGCGUAACAUGGGCUACAGCAAAAAUUUUCCCUAUGCAUCUACUGCAGUAUAUAAGGUAGUGGCCACCCUUUAACCACUACUAUCUCUAAAACAAAGGCCCAUCUAGGAGAAGAAAAUGCAUACCAAUAAAAGGAGGUCUUCAUCCUGUACAGAAAUACCGUAGUGCAGUUGGAGCAAGCGGAGCUGAAGUUGCGCGUCCAGCCACCGCGCUAGUGGUCAGCUCCGAUGUUUUGACUAGUUAGGACAAUUUUUACGCCAGCCUUGGAUUGGGAUGGACAGCGUGGGUGUCAGGGAAUGACAAGAAUGUGCCACAUAGUCUAGAAUUCCAGGAUGCGACCGAAAUGUUUGGCCCAAAGGGGUAAGUGGAGCUCACAGGUCCUCUCGACUGAGCGGGAAUUGGUUCUCGCUCGCCAGAAUGGGUCACACAGGGUCUCGCCCGUUAUGGUGGGCGUGAACGGUAGGGUCGCUGCGUAGCUGGUGAGUGGCAGUGGGAUUUCUGUGUCUGGCCUUUUUGAAAAAUCGUCUGAUGAACGAUACCGUUGUUAGGUAAAUGGUCUGGAUGACUAUUUAGAACUCUUGCUGAUCAGUAAAGCCGCAAAGUCCGACCUUUGCAUCAAAGCUUCCCGACUCUUACAUCUACCGCGGCUAACCAUACAAACGUGUAGUUAGGUCGUCACGUUCUGCUGUACCCGACAUUGCUGUUUGCCUUAUUCCCUUGAGCCACCACUUGUUCUCUUGAAAAUCAUGUUACUAAAUUCCAUAACAUCUUCAUUAAGGCCAACGCUAAGGGUGACAAAAAACGAAAGUUAGUGGUGCGUGGGCAGGCCGACGCAAGUACUCCUCUAUAUAUGACGCUGGAGGAAAACUGACGGAUUAUAGCGCACAUGCAACAAACCAUUUUGUGGAAAUUCAAGUCGGCGAACGUACGUUUUCGAUUAUUCUUAAUCAGCUUAGUCUUUUAUGAAGUCAGAAACAACAUUCGCUUCGGCAAGACGGGUGCUGUAUUUUUUGCCGACAUUAACUACAAGGUAAUGACAAACAUCCUUAAAAAAGAGUUGGUGCAAGUGCAGAGGUCAGUAGGAGUGCGUUCUUGGUUUCUGACGUCUGAAAUUAGUUUUAAGGCGCACCGUUAGACGGGACACAGUGCAGAGGCCGAACUACGUCAGUUACAGCUUAAGACUGCUGUGCAGAUGCAGACUUUCUUUCCCAGCUCAUGCCAACACCUCCGUAACAGCAUCCCUGAAGCUCGGGAUUUAGCUGGUACCUGUACUGUCACGUAUGGUAUAUCACUAAAUACUAUCGCCUGCCCGUUGGCAGCUUGGGGAUAUCACGCGCUUAUUUCGAAGUGGCUGAUGGGUUUCGGCCCAGAUAAUUAUAUCGAAAUUCAGUCUGAGCCUAUAAGACCGACUUACACCAAGCUAGCUAUUUAUUUCUAAAGAAAUCAAAAAACCGACGUAUUUAUUUCCUGUACACCGUACCUGCCAAUACUACGAAAGGAGAUAGUGAAGAAAAUCAGCAAGUCCCUCAUGCCCUUUCUUCAUCAUGAAGUAUGAGUCCUGGGAGAUGUUAGCGUUGCUAUUAGUGCUUUGCCACCUACUACUGAUCGAGAGCAGAGAGGGUGUUAUUUUUCACUUCAGCCCAAAACAUCUAUACGUCAUCCUAUGGCGCAAAGACAUGCUGCCGCUUUUAUAUGGGUGUACUAUGAGGAUAUGUUGCUUGACCGCUUACGUUGUAACUGGGCUUGUUGUUGUUGAUAUUCCAGGCUUAAGACAUGUGUGCCCCCUGAGACGUCCUGGUUUGGUAGAAGAACGCUCACAGAUCGUGCUACGGAACUCGUCUUGUUGUGCUCUGGGGCUCUCGAGUCCCGCCAACAGCCGCGUAGCGGCGCGAAAAAUAGGCAGAAUGACAUUACCGACAAAGACAAUGGAGACUGGCUAGUCUCCGCUGUCUUUGUUGGUAAUGCUACUAUGUAUUGGUUUCUAUUUCAUAGACCAAUUUCAAGCAGUUACGGUAUUUUAUCUUCUAGAGCGUUUAUAUUGAUCCUUAAAAUCCUAAAAUCCUCAUCAAAGAAAUGGCCUGCCUUGCAGCCAUUAAAGCAUAUACUGGUCCUAAUUUUAAGCAAUAAAUCUACACGAUUCCUGCUUCGCGCUGAUUAUCUAGUGGAAAUUAUUAUAGUUUUCCUAGGUCUGUUACUUCCACGAAACAGCAUUUUUCCUUAUAUAACCGAACACCUGAUUAGAGUUCCGCUUGUCUCUCCUAAUUGUGUUAUAUACAAGAGUGAGGCAAGAACUCUUGAACUCUAUCUGUUAUGAAAAUGAACAGUAAAGUCUGCCGAUGUUGAUUUCUAACCUAGUGACUACGAGCGAUCUUGACUUUAGAAAGGUUUUAUGAAGUAUUUCUGCGUCAUUCCACUCAGAGGUCUUGUCUGGCUUGACAACGCUCUCUUAUAUAAAAGACUUCAGGAUGCCUGCAGUCUCGAAUCAGUAGUCUGAUAGUGUCGUAUUAUCAACUUUAUAUUCAUGUUAGGAAGUGCAGUCAUGAAACCUCAAAAAAGUAAUCAGCAGCUUUCCUCCGGAAGUUUCCUGGCGUGGAUUAUUGAACUUGUUAAGCUUAUCCAAUUACCUUUUAUCCUUCCUAUCUGCCUUUUGCAGCUCACAUCUAGUGGUGCUUCCCAGCUGAGAAAAAACGCGGCAUUGCCAGCCCUCUGGUGGACCUUAGGUAUUUUGAAAUCCAGGUGUGAAUUGUCGUUAUGAGUUUGACUCUUGUUUGGACUCGGUGGCAUGCUUUUUAAUCUCUGUUUCAUCUCCAGUUAGAGCACAUUGUUUAGACCUUUAUUAUUUCUAAGACCUCAAUUUCUCGACCUAUUUUUGGGAGCCAGUAAACCUUACACAAUGCUCACUGAUAGGCACGUUCGAAGGACAAAUUAAACGUAGUAAUGACAGUUCGGCCGUCGUUGUCGAUGAUGUCCACCGUGCGCUCCAUAGCAGGGUGGGAGCAGAGAUGGCGACUUUCGUGGGAAUUAGUUUAAAGUUAUGGCGAACUUGCGCAGCAUCCACCCAACUCCCUCCUCCUCGUCCACCUGGGUCGGUGCAAGACGGAGUUAAGAAGACCGGAGGCGGCAGAGGAGGCAGUUGGCUGGCAUGGCACAACCCCACACCUAGGUGUACCACCACACCACCUAGUCCACUACGUACAUUGACCAGGACUUUAUAGAAUUAAAGGGGAGGGGGUAGCUCGGAUCCCACAGAGUGGGAGUGCCAUAAAGGCCAUACUAAGAAGCAGCCAUUGUCGCCUGACUUUUAGACCACCGGUCGGCUGCCCCACGCAAACACAUGACACUGGGCCGACUGCGAGGUCCAAGUUUUCCGUCAGUUGUAAACCUUCCAACCCACGGCUUCUAGCGCACUGUGAUAGCAUCAAGCGCAUCAGAUUGUUUAUAGUGAGGAAAAUGCGUUGAGACGUCGACCUCACUCUCUACUUUCACUCACAGGCUCCAGCCAUUGUUCGGGCCGGUCAGUUGUCUGGUGCAGGGAAUGGGUGCAGUGGUGGCUGACAUGGCUAAUGAUCUUGUCUGCGCGCGCAACGUGCACGGUCUGUCCCCCCCCCUCCCCCCACCAAACACAAGCACCAGGAUUUCACAUAAAGUUGCUGAUUAGCAUGAUGUCACAUACAUGAGAGUGCCAGAGGUCACGUUAAGAAGGGGCCACUGCAGCCCAACUCUCAGUCCACCGGUCGGCCGCUCCUCACAAACACGAGCAGCACUGACUGCGGGGUACGAGUUGGCAACUUUGUAGGCCACAGCGUUUAAUGCACCAUAAUAGUCUUAGGUUCGGAUCACGCAUGCAGCAGAGUAGCCACAUGGACAGGGAGUCGAGGAGCACACUUUCCGCUCAAGUGAUAGAUGUCAAUUUAGUGCUUGCGUUGUGAGGCAAUGAGUGAUAAAGACUUUUGUUGCAGGUGCUGGUGAGAGAAGGUUUAAGGGUGUGAUAUGGCCGGCGGUGAUCUACCGCAGGUUAACAUGAAUGCGCAUGUAGUCUAGUGGGUUAAUUAUCGACGUGGGGGACGAGGCAGAGGUGGACGGGAGGCACCACUUAGUGUCGUCUGGGUGCUGGGGUUUGUCCGAUGAUGUCUAAUAGGACCGAUUUGCACCCGGAACGUUCGUUGACAUCGUGGGUAUGUUGGGGGAGGUUGAGCCUUGGCGUUGCGAGGGGGGAGCAGUUGGGAUUUUUGAGCUUCGCGUGUGGAUUUUUCAGUGGUUCGCUUCGUAGAUCUUUGCUCCUGCCUUCACAGUACUCCUAAAGGCCGGUGGGCCCUGGGCGAGGACUUUCCAAUUUGCCGGGUUGAUGCGUAGGCGCUUCAGGGAAGUCUUCAGUGUCCUUGUAGCACCGGAUUUUAUCAUCUUGUCAACGAGAGCCCGUGGCGACACCUCCAUAGGGCGUAGGGGUGUCCAGGUGGGAUUCCAUGUGAUGGUGGUAGUAGGUCGUUCACUUGCUUUCAAGUGUUGGCUACGCCUAACGUCCAUUAACUGGCACAAGACUCUAACUUGUGGUUCCUCGAGGCUGAGCUCUGCCCAGCGGCCACACCCUGGUAAACGCCUUGGCCGCCGGGCUAAACCAGGCGAGGGUAUCCGUGUUUGUACCCCCCACACACGAUAACUGCUCCCCUUCCCCUUCCCCUUUCUCCUCCCCCUACCCCUCCCUCUUCCACUCCCUCUCCUCCCUCUCUCUACUCAUUACUCUGCUUCCUUCCCCACAGUUGUAAAGCCCUACGGCAAGGGCGACAUGUAAUCACGUAGGCGGCCUAGGCCAAUGGGUCGUUCUCUCACUAAACCUAUACGUGACCCACAGUGGCUUUCGGCAGCCGUCGGCGACCGCUCAGCAGCCCUAUUUAGGGGCUGAGGGGGAGGGGGCUAUGAAGAGUUCCCUAAAUAAACGCUGGGUUCACACCUGCACGCAGAACGUGACUCGCAGACCACAAUACCUGCGGUUGAAACCAUUAAGCAAGAAACAACAAUCCCUCUCUCUUCCCCUCCUCCUCCCAUCCGCCCAACCCCACAGACUGGGAGGGUGAGUCCGCUCACUCUGGCAGCCUGAAAUGUAUGUUCCCUUUUAGACAAUCUGAGUGGUUGAUUAGAACGGAGGACGGUGCUAGUCGCUCGGGAACUGGCGCGCUACAAGGUGGACAUCGCCGAACUUAGCGAAACUUGUUUCUACGAACAAGGCCAACUGGAGGAGGUGGGUGGCGGCUACGCUUUCUUCUGGAGCGGUUGACCAGGGUAGAGCGACGGGAUGCAGCGUGGCCUUUGCCAUCCGGAACGACAUCGUGAAACUAAUGCCCUGUCUGCCGCAGGACAUUAACGAUCGUCUAAUGGACCUCCACAUGCUUUUUUGGGAGACAAAUUCGUCACCAUUGUCAGCGUCUACGCUUCCCCGAUGAUCGACCUGACUCUGAAAAAACAAAUUCUACGAGGACCUGCACGACAUCCUGGCCACUGUGCCGAAGGCAGACAAGUUGAUUGUCCUUAGGGACUUCAACGGUCGCGUUUGCACAGACCAUGCUGCCUCGAGAGGAGCGCUGGGUCCCCAUGGUCUUGACGGCUUCAAAGACAAUGGCCUACUCCUCCUACGAACCUGCGCAGAACGCCGCCUCAUCCUGACCAACAUCUUCUUCUGCCUUCCUACGCGCAAGAAGGCCACCUGAAUGCACUCUCGGUCACGACACUGGCACCUGCUGGACUAUGUCCUCGUCUGGAGGCGAGGCCGGCGGAAUGUGCUGGUGACAAAAAAGAUCCCCGGUGCCGAGGGGUGGACUAACCCUCUCCUCGUCAUUUUCAGGAUGCGGAUCCGCCUACAACCACGCAGGAGACCUCAAAGUAAGCGCCUCAGAGGUAGGUUGCAGAUGGCUUUGUUUUCUUUGCCCGCUAACCAUCUCCAUUUCAGCAAUGAACUAGACGGACGAUUAGCCGAACUUCCAGUCGCCUGUACCGACAAGAACGCACCCGUGGAGAACCGAUGGUGUCAACUGCGAGACACAGUCCAGUCGACCGCCGUGGCUGCCCUCGGUCGCGCACGUCGUCAAAAUCAGGCCUGGUCCGAUGACAACGGCGCCGCCAUCAGCAACCUGCUCGCCGAGGAGAAUUGGCUGCACAAAGCCUAG